ACGGUGCGCGACAUAUCCACAUUACCCACUCUCAAACAUUGUAGUCAGACCUUGAUUUCUGUGACAGGAUGACGUUAGACAAACUGUUAUCACAAAUGGGUGCGGGGAAACAGCUUAUGGAAAGAUUCUCGGAAUACGGCGCUCCAGGUCAAGAACAACUGUUUUACGGAUAUGAGCCACCCGCAACCGUGCCGCAUCAUGUGCAUGAACACGAAGUCAUACAUAAAUAAUGCGUUACUUUUUUUUUUCAGUAGCUACGGAGGCCAUGGCGGAGGAGGCGGCCAUCACAAAAGCAGCGCGGCCAUGUCUGCGCUCACCUUGCUGGCUUUCCUCUUCUUCCUGCACAUUCUGGAGCAGUGCAUCAAAGACCACAUGACGGCCAUGAACACCCCACAGAUCAUGAUUGUCACCGGCGGCAGAGAAGGUGAAACGUUACUCAAAAAGUCCGACGUCCAAAAACUGGACAAAUCCGGACUGACGCACGUCGAUAAACGCAUCGAAUCGAACGACAAUAAAAUCACUGACGGUGUCGUGGAAAAGUUGACGAAAAUCAACACAGCAGAACCACCAAAAGGCAGCCUCAAACUUCGGAAUACAUACCAAAGUUACAGCAACAAAACCUUGGAUUUCGGUGGAUUUGUUAGCGCGAUGGAUUAUAAAUAAAAAAAUUGUUAAAUAAUAAAA